AUGGAAAUUAUGGAUGUUACGAUUAACACUCCCAUAUAUGUCCUUCUUCAAGCCGUCUCAACCGGAGUCAUCCACAGAAAUGACCUACACAAUGCCUACAAAAGGACUGGCCCGAGCCGGAUCGAAAUGCAGAAUAAGACUGUGACAUUGCUCGGCUCUGAAGUAACACCUACUGCCACGGUCUCCACAGUCAAAACCCCAGGAAAACUGCUCACUGGCAAUGACUUCGAUGCCAUCACCAAGUCCAACAUGACCCAAUCGGAUUGCAGACAACAGCUCAAACGGCCGGUCAACGUUGACGAGCCUAUGGGCUCCAGUCCCUGCGGCGGCGAACCCUCUCGUCUCAGCCGCAAACCUCCAGCUGCUUCGGGAGGAGGCAUGUUUACACUCCCUACAGCCCAAGUGCUACGAACAUCAUCACUAGGUUUAAUGGGGUGGACAUGUCUGCAUGCCGAUCAAUAUCCCGGGCUAGCGGAAUAUCUCUUGCACGGACUCCAGCUACCUGUGCUUUCUUGCUUCCCUUCAGGCACAUCAUCUCAAUAUUACUUAAUUCACGUUCCGAAAAGAGAGCAGACUAAGUAG